AUGCCGCGCCCCGGCCUUCGGCCUGGGACCGCAACGGGGUCGGAGCCCACGGAGACGGAGACAAACACGGUGCCAGCACGCUCGACGCGCCAGACGCGAUCCCGUGCGCUGAUGGCCACCGCGGGACGAGAGAACGCGCCGAAGAGCGCCAGAACGAAACGUGCACUCCAGGGCGGGUCACCUGAGCCAUCGUCAAAGAGGCAAGCCGGCCGCACGAGGAACCGCACCACGGCCACUGUCUUUACUCGCAACAAUGGCAGGCCAGCCGAGCAUGAAGAGGAUGAGGCGCCGCGAGAUCAGCACUUCUACAACAGGAUCAAUGCGACCGCGGGAGCAGCCCGGUCGCAAGCACCUCAAGUUGGAUCGGACCCACCAGCUCAGCAGUUGCUGGAUGAGACUCAGCGAGUGUCGAACGACGCCUGGGACGGAACGAGCGGUAAUGACAGGGAAAUUGCCAUCGAGGUCUCAGAGCAGAAUCAGAGUGCCGCCUCGUCGAAGUCCAAGCAAAGGGUGGAUGGCAUUUACGAGGUUCCGGACGACGGUGGUAACAACAACGCUGGCAGGAAGUCGAGUCGGCACCAGAAAGCCCCCUCGCCCGAGUUGGGCGGCAAUGGGUCGUCUUACGAGCCGUCGGAUGAAGAGAGCGAACAGCUGGAUGGCCACGAGUCUCCAGACGAGGAGCAGCAUGGUCCCGAGCCAGAUCUUGGUGCAAAGGAUACAACUAGAGUCGAAGAGGGAGUGCCCAUCACUCUCAAUAUCCCAGACACACCAGAGAGCGCCAAGGAUUCCGAGGCUCCUGAAGACGAAGCAUCGACAGUUGGCCUGGAGAAGCUGAGGCUAAUGCUGAAACUCAUGGGGCGGCGCGGCUGGACGGGAGACAAUGACUACGAAGACAAUUUACUCCGCGGCAACCAUGAGAGCGCUAGCGACUGGCAAAAGCGUCACGGAGUGCAACUUGGGACACACAACCUGAGGAUCUUGUUCGAUAGAGCGCACCGGCUGAUGAAAGUCAUCGAACCGAUCCCGAGGGUACCGCAAUACGGAGAGCAGGUCGACUACUUUCGUGAUAAGAAGGAAGAUAUCGAGAAGGCGCUGAAUUCAGUACAACGAGCGACUGUUCGUGUCGUGGGAGAGAUGUCAAGCGAGGAGGACUCCCCGGAUCUGCGGAAGCGACGGGGGAAAGCUGCCAGGAAAGCCAUCUGCGGCAAGAUCAUGCCAAUGCUAACUCUCUGCCUGAAAGAGGCCUUCCUCGUGGGCACGAAUCUAACAUCAGACAUUGAUGCCCCUCUCCCAGCGGAAGGAAUCUUCAUCCCAUCUGCUCUCGACUUGCUUCGCCUCGUUCUCGACUGGUGCCUCCAGCUGUACGAAGCGUUGGCACCGCAACUUGACGAAACCCAACUAAGGCCCGAAACCAAGGAUGCACAGACGGCGCUGAACAAUCGUCGGCGGCUUAGAACGUACCUGGAACACUCACACCGGACACUUAAAAAGGCGAGGAAUCCUGCGGAGGAGCGUUUGCGGAGACAACAAGCGAUUGAGAUGAGUGAGGAGGCGCGCAAGAGGCGCGAGGAGAAAGCGAAAGACGAGCGCGAGAAGCAGGAGCGCCAAAUGCAACUGGUUCGGGAAGCGUCGCAAAGGAUUCUCAUUGAGGACAAAUACCUGAAAGAGCACGGCUGGCACAUGUGGGAGGACGAGGCACUGCGCGACACGAUCGAAAAAGUCUCGAACCCAAAGAUCGAGACGCUGGUAAGCCUGAUACCAAGUCGCACCGUCGAUGAGGUCAGGCAGCGAGUCUCGGAGCUGAGGCUGUUAUCCCAAGACAGAGGCGGAUGA